AUAGACAUAAAAUUUAUAAAAAAGAAGAAGAAUAUAUUUCGACAGUUUGUUAUAAAUAAGUUUAAAAAUGGUAUUAUAUUUAAAUUGUUAAACAGUUAAUUUAAUAAUAAUAAAAUGAAAACAACAAACAACGUUAACGUGGAUAAUUACAGAAAAUUAGUUCAAACCUAUAUCGAUUUGCAUGUGUAUAGUACGGCGUUAUUUUGGGCCGACAAAGUAGUAGCAUUAACCUCAAAUCCGAAAGAUAUAUAUUGUUUAGCACAAUGUAUGUACCUUUUAAAGCAGUACCAUAGGGCUACGCAUCUAUUAAAAUCGAAAAAUUUAGAUAAGACUAACCUACAAUGUACGUAUUUGACGGCACGUUGUUUGUACGAAGCGAACGAACUAGUAGAAGCCCUAAAAGUCGUUAAUAAUAUAGAUAAUGUUAGUUCAGUAUCGAAGGAUGGUUUUUCAUCACCUUUCAAUAAUUCCACCCCGGUUGUAUUCGAAAAUAGCCCGAAAAACCAAGCUUAUUCGGCCUUUUUGCUUCUGAAGGGGAAAAUUUUGGAGGGUAUGGAUAAUAGGGGCCUAGCGGCGGACUGUUAUAAACAAGCUUUGUACAUGGACGUUUAUUGUUACGAAGCUUUCGAUUCUUUGAUAAAAUAUCAGAUGUUAACCCAUCUAGAGGAAGAAGAAUUAUUAAAAUCCCUCCCGAUAUCCGAAGAAUGUUCACCGGAAUCGGCGGAAAUUUUAUACGUUUUGUACGGAUCGAAAUUGAAAAAAUACCAUACGCACACGAACAAACCGACUACAUUCGACGACAAAUCCAUCGACAUAACGAAUAAUCCGCAUCCUUCAACUGUUCGAACGCCUUCGAUCGUAAUAACGUCGAGCGUUCUAAAAAACAACGACAAAAAUACGAAAAAAACCGACGAAAACGAUCAGAUGCUCGUCGACGACAGUUCGGCGUCGAUAAAAUUGAAGAACAGCCUGGAUUUGCGCGUCGCCGAAGCGGAAAGGCUGUACUAUAAUUGCGAUUAUCGUUCUUGCAGCGCCUUAACCGAAAAUAUAUUGAAAAUCGAUCCCUACCACGACGGUUGUUUGCCUAUACACAUAUCCUGCCAGGUGGAAUUGAAACAAAGCAACAAAUUGUUUUCGUUGGCGCACAAUCUCGUCGAUCUAUAUCCGAAUUUGGCCAUUUCCUGGUUCGCCGUUGGAUGUUAUUACUACAUUAUAGGAAAAAGUGAUUUCGCUAGAAGAUAUUUGGCGAAAGCGACUUGUCUGGAUAGAUUAUUCGGUCCGGCUUGGUUGGCUUACGGACAUUCCUUCGCGAUCGAAAACGAACACGAUCAAGCGAUGGCGGCUUAUUUCAAGGCGUCUCAAUUGAUGAAGGGGUGUCACCUGCCAUUGUUGUAUAUCGGAUUGGAAUGCGGUUUGACGAACAACGUCCGAUUGGCCGAUAAAUUUUUUCAGCAGGCUCAAAAUAUAGCGCCCGACGAUCCGUUUAUAAUGCACGAGAAGGGGGUGAUUGCGUUUCAAAAUUUGGACUACGAAACUGCCGAAAUACAAUUCCGAAAGGCACUAGAAAGAGUACGACGUAUCAGAAAAGGUAUAAUACCCCAAAGGUGGAGCCCGCUGUUGAAUAAUUUGGGCCACACAUGUAGGAAAUUGCAAAAAUACGAAGAAUCCCUCGAUUUCCACAACCAGGCCCUCCUACUACAUCCCCAAUCGGCAGGUACGUUUGCCGCCAUAGCUUACGUCAACGUCCUCAUGGAAAAUUACGAGGAAGCCGUCGAAUGGUUCCACAAAGCACUAGGUUUGAAAAGGGACGACGCAUUCAGUACCACCAUGUUGAAUUACGUCAUCGAUAAGUUAACCGAAGACAAACUUCCGUAUCCGGAUUGUCCCGAGGAAAUACCGAAAUUCAACAUAGAACCGAAAAUAUCGGAUUCGACUGCCAGCGAAAGUAUGGCGGAAUCGUCGAAUUCCGUUAUACCGAGCGUUAAUAACGAAAUGUCCGACAUGAGUAUGAGCAUAGAGGUUGAUAUGGUCGACGCUAGUGAUAUAGUUAAAGAAUGAUUGUUAAUUUUCAUUUCCUAUUCUGAUUAAUUUGUGUUAAUAGAUAUUGUGUUUCAUUCGA